CAUCGAAGACUUCCAGAGCGACAAGAAAAAGCGAAGUCGUGACGGAGGACCAGGGUGCGAAAGACGACGAAAAUCUUGCCGAGGGAAGCGAGAGUGCAGCUAUCAAAACUUCCAAGAGGACAGAAACAGGCAGACGGAGCAACGAACUCGUCGACUCGUGGAAAAGGUCGUCCCGUCCGCGUAAGGCGAGCGGCGUCAGCCUGUGGUCAAAAGCGAAGAAGGCUGCUUCUAAUUUCUUCAACCUCGGUGCAAGAAGCGAGUACAGGUCGUCGACUGAGAGGCGAGGACCGAGCGAGAAGUUUCAGUCUCACAGACGCAAGACAAGCGACGAUACUCAUACUCAAUCGGCCAUAGACGCUUACUAUGACUCAAUGGGGGUUGCCAGACUAGACACCGACCUGGGAGGUGAACCAGUGACAGAAGAUGGCGAGGAAUAUCCGUUGUUGAAGGUCGCAAACGCCCGGAUGGAUACAAGUAAUGAUGCCACUAGAGCUGAAGAAGGAACAGUCCUACAUCCUACCCGAGAGAAGAGCUCACAAUAUCGAUCCCACCAUACGCGUAGACAUUCGUAUUCCAAUAAUUCAGAGAGCCAUGGUGGCAAAGGGCGGAGCCUGAAACGCCAUCCUCAUAGUGAAGAAUCGGUCACGGCUCAGACCUAUGACACAACUCUCGGAUCUGUACACGAAGAGCUGGACGCUCCGCCUGUCCAGGAAGAGGCCUCGCCGAUGAUGCCUGACGGCGACCAAGAUGGUGACACACGGGACAAUGAUGGAACGAGUGCGAGACGUCGGAAGCAUCAGCAUGGCCAAAGCCGAAAGAAUGGCUCGAACAGGGAUGGCGAGAGGAAUUCCCGCCCAAGUCGACGGGAUCGAUCGAGAGUCAGGAGUGGUUUUAUGUUCUGAUCAGCUGAGCAGAAUCAAGGUCGUAAGCGAAUGCGCAAGGUCUUGAUUUAUGGUAUCUCGAGUGCAUGGACUGGUGCAUGGGUAUCGGCGCAAUGGACUGACAAAACGCGUUCACACCAGGUUGACUUUGACU